CCCGCAUCUUCAAAACCUUUUUCUAUUUUAAUUCCUGUCUUUCUUUCGGCAUUGUAUUACCUUCACAAUCUCUGGAAGCAAUCAUUCGUUCUUUUCUUUCACCCAUAACCGACCUUGCACCGGCAGGAGAUAGCAUACAGUUGGUGAAGCCUACCGGAACAAAGUCAACAAAUAAAUGACGACACCCAACACGUUCAGCCGUAGCUGGCACGGGGCAGACGACAGUUCCAAGCAGGUGUACGAGCCAUCAGAUCGAUACGCAGAAGUUGUCCCCGGGCAAAAUGCACCUUUGCCAGUCGAGCAUCAACCCUACGACGCGCCUGUCUCAACACAUAUCCAAUACGACCCGCAACAAAAGGAGCCCGCUACUGCAUACUACCAAAAUGUCGACGGCUACGCGCAGCAACAACAGCAGCAGUAUCAACAACAAGCAUUUACUCCGGAUCCCAGCUCGCCUCGCGUGACGGCAUCGACUCCACUGACAAGCAAUUCACAACCUCUCGAAAAGGACGGCAAGAGCGCCACCCGAAGUCGACCCAGCUGGCUCUUGGCGGCCGGCGUCGCCCUCGUUGCGGCCCUCAUCGCGGCCGCCGUCUCUGGCAUUGCUGUAUGGAAGGCCACAGAGACCAAGGGAGCCGUAAACUGCGAAACAACCAUCGGUCCUGACGGUAGACCUACCCCGACUGGCGGAAAGGAUGGUGAGGCCGUGACGUGCCCUGCGAUUAUGGGAACCAGCGUCGGUGGUGCCGAAAAGGCCAUCAGGGAAAACUCGGGUCUUGCCGCUGUCGGGUGGCGAACCAAGGAUGAGCAGCAUAUCCAGCUGAUUUAUCAGGACCCGGAUGAUAAUUUGAUGACCAGUUGGUUCGGAUCCAUGUUUGUGAACUGGACCGUGCCCAGGAAGGUCGCCAUGAAAUCAGGAGACAAAGCCAUGGGAGGCACGCCGCUCACCGUGAGCACCAUCUGGUUCGCCACCAAUGUUGCCGACGAGUUCAUGGCUCAAAACCAGAUGUACUAUCUGUCGCCAAAUGGCACCGUUCGGGGAUACAACUUCCGUCUGAUCUGGCCAAUUGGCAUGCCAGAUGGCGUUAUGCUGGAAAACUUCCAGGCUUCACCCCAAUCGUCACUCUCCACUCUCUGGCCCUUCCAGCACUACCAGGAUUCGGACGGUUCCAUCUACGAGUUGACGCUGGUUAACAACAAAGCCAAGCUCUCCGACGUUCGCAACGCCGACAAGGGCACCCCGCUGCUCGCCCUCCCGGUUACGAGCAAGCACGACAGGGACGAGCUGCGACUGUUUUACCGCGAUACAGAAGGCAAACUCGCCCUGUUCGAGCGCGACGCCACGGGAAAGGUCACCGAGGCCACCGCCUCCCUGGGAAUACCGAUCCCCGCCGAUGCCAAGCUGGCCGGUUUUGCCAACGCCCGUGCAGCCACUGGGCCCGGCAUCAACACAUUUUUACUGUGGCAGGACGCGUCGCAUGCCAAGGAAAACGGCGGCAUUCGGAUUCUGUCGCAGACGGGCGGCGCCAAAGACUGGACGGGACCCGCGUCUGAUCCCGUCUUCAAGGACGCGGACGUGCCGACCCAUGUCACCUGCGUGAACGAGGGCAUGGGCGGCAGCAACAUAUCAGGCCAGGACGCCCCCUUGCUGUCCACCAGCAGCGACAUGAAUAGGUGUUUCUUCCAGGCGGGACGGAAGCUAAAGCAGGUCUGGUAUGACGGGAAGCAGUGGGUGGAUUUGGGGUUUGUGCUGAUGCCUUGAGGGGUAAAGUUCUCAAGUCAAUUUGUAAUAAUAUAUAUCUCAUGAGUAUUAAGUUUAAUGCCUUUCAGCCCAACAUUAACCUUCGAGUCAAA